UUGGACCCCGUUAGUCUCCAGGACACUAUGACUUCAGAUGUUCGCGAGCUGAACUCGUUGCUGACCCCUCUCCCGGCUGGCCCGAGCCCUGGGUGCCCCCCUUUGCCCGUCAGCACAGCGCCGCAGUGGGCCCCGGUGCUGGACUUUCACACUGCAGCCUCACCCUACCCCUCACUGGGUGCUCCUCACAGCUCCCUUGGGACCCACUCCUUCAUCAAACAAGAGCCCACAUGGGGGACCACCAAUGACCCCCACCACCACGACACAGACCCUCACUGUGGCCUGAGCGCAUUCACUGUGCACUUCUCAGGGCAGUUCACGGGGACAGGGGCAUGCAGGUACGGUGCAGCAUUUGGAGGGCCCCCUGCGCCCAGUCAAGCCCCCUCAGUGACGGCCCCUCACCACCACCAGGCCCCCGGCCGCAUGUUCAGCAGCACGCCGUACCUGACCAACUGUAUGGACGCACCAGCCACACAACGCAACCAGACAGGUUACAGCGCAGUUGCCUUCGAUGGAGCCAGUAAUUACAGUCACACUCCUACACACCACAGCUCACAAUUCUCCAACCACUCCUUUAAACAUGAAGACGCUCUAACCCAGCAAAACACCAUGGGUGAGCAGCAGUACCCCGUCCCUCCUCCGGUCUAUGGAUGCCACACACCCUCAGACAGCUGCACAGGGAGCCAGGCUCUGCUGCUGAGGAAUCCCUAUAACAGUCAUCCUGCCAGCUACGACAGUGACCCCAGUGCUCCUAUGGUGUACAGCUGUAGCACGCAAUACCGCAUCCACACACACGGCGUCUUCAGGGGCAUACAGGACGUGAGGCGGGUGCCCGGGAUCACCCCAACCAUAGUGCGCUCUGAGACCAGUGAGAAGCGCCCCUUCAUGUGCGCCUACCCAGGCUGUAACAAACGCUACUUCAAACUGUCCCAUCUGCAGAUGCAUGGACGCAAACACACAGGGGAGAAGCCGUACCAGUGUGAGUACACAGACUGUGGCCGGAGGUUUUCUCGCUCGGAUCAGCUCAAACGACACCAGAGGAGGCACACAGGAGUAAAACCCUUCGAAUGCCAGACGUGUCAGAGAAAGUUCUCUCGGUCUGACCACCUUAAGACACACACCCGGACUCAUACAGGUAAAACAAGCGAAAAACCUUUUAACUGUCGCUGGCCCAACUGUCAGAAGAAGUUUGCCCGGAGCGAUGAGUUGGUGCGCCACCAUAACAUGCACCAGAGGAACCUCACCAAACUGCAGCUCUCAAUAUGAAAUAAUCCACAAUAACUCUUUAUGUGCAUUCAUGUCUUUAAGUGGUUAGAAGCCACAAUCUGCCUCUGUUCUCCAGUGCAGUCAUGGAUUACGCAGCCCUAACCGCUUAAAAGCAAAAUUUGUCAGAAUGGAAAAGCCAGAAGAAGUCAGUGCCCAAGUCAGCAGUUAAAGAUGACAUUGCAGUUUUUGUACGCUCGCUCUAGUAUAGCUUCUUGUAAACACGCCCAGCUCUUGUAGCAUAUCUGACCUUUGGCAGGAAAAGAAAUUUUAAUUAAUCUCUUCAUAUCAACCAUUUGUUACAUUUGCCCAUUUCUGUUUUGUACAAAUUCACGUCAACAUUUAAGGUUAGCACAGUUUGCCUACUCAUGAAAAUUCUCUCCAGCAGAUAAUUCAUUUCUUUCUUGGCUCGUUAUAAAUAUUUCCAGUGAAGCUGCCCAUUACAGACUAGUUCAUUUUUUGUUGUCAUGUCAAUUUAUUAUUUCAACAUCUGCAAACACAAGCUACCAAAGUGAAUGAAGCCAUGCAAAUCCCCCAAAACUGAACAUAGACUAUAUGUUAUAACUUGUCUAUUGUUGUCUGUUAUUUUAAACUGUUCUGUAUAAAAUCUGCAUGUGGAAGAUGCUCUGGAAAUUUAAGGUUAAAAAAUAUACACUGG